AUGAAUAUAGCUUCGAGGAUUCGACGGAGCUUUUUCAGAGAGAAGAGAGAACUUCCGAUCUCGAUAAAUGGAUCAUCGAGUAGAAACGAACAAGGCAGCGAUGAUGAUUUGCUUGGAGUAACAGAUGAAUUAAUCAAUCACGUCAGAUCCUUCUCCAUUGAUACAUUUAAGAACUUCCCUCUUGACGGUGAUGAAGAAGCGUCUGUAAAUCCUUUGGAAGAUGAAGAUAAUGGAAUGAGCUCAUCUGCCAAUGUGAAGAAGGAAUUAACUGAUUGGCAAGAGAGACACGCCGUUCUCGUGUUAUCGAAAUCCAAGGAACUCUCGCAGCUGAGAUUCAAGUUGUGUCCGCGUCUUUUAAAGGAAGAGCAGUUUUGGAGGAUAUAUUUCCAACUUGUGAGGAACCUUGUGGCAAAAUACGAGGUGCUAGCAAUCCAACAAGCUAAAAUCAGGAGGAUGGCCAUGGAGGAGAGUGAAACCAAAGGUGUAUAUGAAGUGGAAAUGUCAGAAACGAGGCAACGUUGA